UCUGUUCUUUGCCAGCGUUCCACACAAAUUUCUCCCCUCUACUAUUCGAGCUGUCCAUCGUUGCACGACCACAGAAAUAGAAGAGAGAGAGAGAGAGAGAGCGCCCAUCGGAAGCCCCUCUGCUCUCUCCUCUCCUCUCCCUUCAGGCUUUCUCCCCGUCGAUCACGAGCUCCCUCAACCCUACUUUCCAUCCGUCGAGCUGGCGAUCUCGGCGAGAAUCCUCAAGAGGAAAUUCUAGAUCUUUGGGGCGGAGAAGCCCCCUCCACGCUGGAAUCGUUGGAAGGGGUGGCGGAGGGGAUCGGGUUUUAGGGUCUGAUCGGAUUCGCGCCUGGAAGCGACGCCAGAGAUUUCAAAUCGUAACUCUUUCUUGGUUGGAUUGAAACCAAGGUUGGAAGCUGGAGGGUUUGGGUUUUUUCUAAGAUCAUCGUUUUGGAACCCUAGAGUUGGGCUCUGGGUGCUUGGCUUUCGUAGAAUUAGGCGAAAUUGGUUGAGAUUUUUUUGUUGAAACUGGGAAUUGCUAUUUUAUUGGAAUUAUUCCUUUUGUUAUUGUUCGUGGAGAAAUGAGUAGUAGAAGAGAGGAAGAGAGGAAUGAGAAGAUUAUUAGAGGUCUCAUGAAGCUUCCGCCAAACAGGAAGUGCAUCAACUGCAACAGCUUGGGUCCGCAGUAUGUCUGUACAAAUUUUUGGACCUUCGUCUGUACAACAUGCGGCGGGAUACACCGCGAGUUUACUCAUCGGGUGAAGUCGGUAUCAAUGGCUAAGUUUACCAAAGAAGAAGUUGAUGCUCUUCAAAGGGGUGGCAAUCAGCGUGCGAGAGAAAUCUUUUUGAAGGACUGGGACAUGCAGCAGAUGAGAUUGCCUUAUAGCAGUAAUGCCGAUAGAAUUAGGGAAUUCAUAAGAAAUGUUUAUGUGAACAAGAAAUAUGCUGGGGGGAGAACCUCUGACAAGCUGUCUAGUAAUACAGAGAGCCUCAAGAAUCAUGAAGAAAAUCAGAGGAGGGCUAGUUCUUAUCAUUCUUAUUCUCAGAGCCCACCUUAUGAUUAUCAGUAUGAGGAUAGGCGUUAUGGAAAACAAUUUAGCAUGCUUGCUAGAAGGCCAGGUUCGGAUCGAGGGCAUUAUGAAGGGAAAAUUAAUCGCUUCAUUUAUAGUCCAAGUCGCUUACGCGAGCAGAUGUAUGAUGACAGAUUUGCUAAUGAAAGUUCUGGUUCGAGAUCAUCGGACUUCUCUGUAUCUAGCACAGGUGAUCCAUUCAGAUAUGAUGGCCAGUCACCAAAUUCUCAGGACGCUGAAUAUUGCAGCCCUCGUUUACACCAAGUAAGGAAAAUCUUAGUUGAAGAAGCACAGCCCCAGAUAUUAAAUAGGCAAUCAGAAGCAAAUGUUCAGGGGAACUUAGAUGGGAUCACACGCCCACAGAGAACUGCAUCUACAGGCAGCUUUGGAUACUCUAAGAGCUUCUCCUUGUCUCAUAGAUCAGUUGAUUCAGGUGGUUUAUCAGAUGAUGUUGUUGAGCGUGUCCGUUCUACUGAAACUCAUCAGGCAGUGCAAUCUGCAUUCACUUCUUCAACACAAACGUCUACUUCUUUGCAUGCUACAAAGCAGGAUCCCUUCAACUUAACAUUUGUUGGAUCACCAAUGACUUCUUCAACUUCAUCUAUAGAUUUGUUUGCUGAUUUCAGUAAUCAACAUUCAUCUGUAACUCCUCUUGAUCAGAAACCAUCCACAGCUCCCUUCUCAGAAAAUGAAGGAUGGGCUACAUUUGACCUACCUCACCAUGCUGGAGUUGCUUCCGAAACAUAUGCGAUGGUCCCUGCUUUAGUUUUUCCUGGUGUUGGAGCAUCCAAGGGGACUGAAAAUGCAUCAACAUUAAUGCAAAACAAUUCACAGUGCUUUUCAGUUCAGAGUUCUGUAGCUCCUGCACCAUUUACACCAACAGAUGGUCAGUGGCAUGCAGGUAUACAUGAAGAUAAAAGCUCUGCAGAUCAGAAAAGCUCCCAGUUGUGGAAUGCUUUUGAUGAUUCUACUGGGAACAUGUCUUGUACUUUGUUUGGGAGUCUACCACAGAAUAAUAAUUCACAGGUUACAGUGUCCACGUCUAAAUUGGGUGAUCCACAUAUUGGAUUGAAACUCCCAGAGAGCACUAUUAACGAUGGGCUUCAGAAGCCAGCUCUGGAUGGUACAGCUACCCAUUUUAAUCUGCCACCUAGGGAUGUCAAUGGAUCACCAUUUUCUCUGCCAGUUCGGCCUUUGAUGGAAGGGUCUACUCAGGCAAAAAAAUCAAUAAAUCCUUUCGAUCUUCCAUAUGACUCAAAUUUGGAAGCCAACAAUUCGUUUUUGGACAUGAGCUCUUUAGAAGCAGCAUUACCAAAUCCGCAGUUGCCUACUGAUUACAUUGGUGGCUUAGCGCAACCAUGGUUUCCUCAAAAUUCUGCUACAGCAUAUAUUCCUUCCUUGCCUGAAGGAGGGCUGGCAUCCAUGGCAGGGCAAGCACCAAGCUCUCAGUUGCUGAAUUUACCUUCUCAAGGCACUGUUAAAUCUCUCGGUGGUAAUCCAUUUGCAUGAGGUAGUGCCGGGAAAAACAUCCUCCGAGCGGACCUGUAAGGUGGCAAAUGACGUUGUCCCACUGUCAUUAUCCUUGCAUUGAAAUAAGGCCAGUGGUUCCAUUUGCAUUCAGUAUCUAUUGUGUAACAAAACCAAAAAUUAUGGGAUUACUGCAAGAAAAGUUGCAAGCAAUUGUUAGAACUGCUCCAGCAGCCCCUACUUUUGAUGGCUUGUGGCUCAUUCCUGAAUCUGCUGGAGGACAUACAUGGAGCCGUCUAGAUGAUGCCAUCAUUCCUCUCAUGCCAUUUUAUGAAGCCCAUGUCUUCAGUACCAUGUUGCAAUAGGCUGCAUGAAUCGGAAGCCUUGUUACCGCAGGCGAUACGAAUAGUCCAGUAUGGUUUUUUUUUUUUGGUGCGCGUCGGUGCUUGUGUUUUGGUUAGUUUCUCUAUUCUUGUAGCUACAAUCAAGAGUGUUAAGGCGAAAACAAUUUCUCGUACAGUUGCAUCACGAGAUUAUUCUUGUGCCAUAUAUAUGGUUCGACGUUGUUGUUACUUGGAUUCGUUUGAAAGAAAAUAAUCCUGCCUGCGGGGGGCAAAGUGCUAAUUAGAGCUA